GGUUGGGAUUCUGACUGCUCUUUAAACUGUUCAACAUCAUAGGAGCAAUAAAGCAUAUGUAUUUCUGUUGUUCUAUUUGUUUCUUCAUGUUACUUUUAAAUCUAUACCCAAUGAUGCUUUUCUUAACUUUUAAUUAUCUAUUCUUUCCUCAGAUCUGAUGAAAUUUGGAAGGAUUUAGCCAUGAGAAACCACACAAUAAUAACAACAUUCAUUCUGGUAGGACUGACUGAUGACCCUAACUGGCAAAUGGUAAUUUUCCUUUUUCUUUUUCUAACAUAUGUAUUGAGUGUCACUGGAAACCUGACCAUUAUCCUGCUCACUCUAUUGGAUCCCCACCUCAAAACACCCAUGUAUUUCUUUCUUUGGAAUUUUUCAUUCUUAGAAAUGUCAUUGACAUCUGUGUGCAUCCCCAGAUACCUGGUCAGCAUACUGACUAUGGAUAAAACAAUAUACUAUGAUGCUUGUGCUGUACAAAUAUUUUUUGCCAUCUUCUUGGGUGCAUCAGAGUUUUUUCUGCUGGCUUCCAUGUCCUAUGACCGCUAUGUGGCCAUCUGCAAACCCCUACACUAUACAACCAUUAUGAGCAGCAGAGUCUGCACCCAGCUGGUCAUUACCUCCUGGGUAGCUGGGUUGUUAACAAUCUUUCCUGGACUUAUCAUGGGUCUGAAAUUGGAUUUCUGUGAUGCCAAUAUUAUUGACCACUUUUACUGUGACUAUGCUCCUGUCUUGAAACUCUCCUGCACAGACACAGGGGUCUUCGAAAUGUUGGGUUUUAUUUUAGCCAUUCUCAUACUACUGAUUACGUUGACACUGGUAAUACUCUCCUAUGCACAUAUCAUAAGAACAAUUCUGAAUAUCCCCUCUGUCCAGCAGAGGAAGAAGGCUUUUUCCACCUGUUCCUCCCACAUGAUUGUUGUCUCUAUCUCUUACGGCAGCUGCAUUUUUAUGUAUAUUAAACCUUCUGCAGAGGAGAGGGUAGCUUUAAAUAAGGGGAUAGCAGUACUCAAUCUUUCACUUGCACCUGUUUUAAAUCCUUUUAUAUACACCCUAAGAAACAAACAAGUGAAACAAGCCCUGAAAGAUAUAAUUCAAAAACAUAACUUUAUUAACUUAAAACAAUAG